AUUGCAAACUUUUUUUCUAAAUUGCAGAUAUUCAAUAAUGAACUUUGAAGAACAGCUUUUGGGUCAAGAUGAGAAAAAUUUUCAAAUAGAAAACGCAUGGGUACCCCUCUCUCCUGAGAAACUCAAUCCAAUAAGAUCUAAAAUGUUAUCAGACUAUCCAGUGAACCAAUUGAGAGGAAAUUUUCAAAACUUUCCUGUAACUGAAAGAGAUUACAUGAAAGAGAUGUUGCUGCAUUGUAAUAGACCAAAUCGGAAUCUCAAUCUGACAGUGCAAACAGGUCAAAUUGGACAGUACAGCAGUUUUGAUGGAAACUCAACUAAUAGAAGCAGAGUUCUCAAUCACAUAGCAGGCUCAUACACACAGGCAUGUAACUAUGAGAGCAGUGGAUUAAACAGUAACGCCUUGGAGCUUCUGCUGAAGAAUAAUGCAACACAUAUAGCUUCUGCUAACAGGAACUUGAAUCUGAGCGUUAACAUGGCAGCGAGAAAUCCACUGCUACCAAAAUUUCAUCAUGAGGCUACCAGUGAUGUAACAAAUUCCUAUGCAGGUGUACAUAGGUGCAAUAUCCAUUCCGCUUCAGAAAUCAUUCACAAAGAUCCAAACAGACUUGCAACUCCAAAUGUGAAUUCUGAACUUAAUGGAAGCAACUCAAAUAGUUUGCUCAACAGCUCAGAUUCAAACCAAUGGAUGGGCAUCUUCUCUGAGAUACCCCAGGGUGAUACUUACCCUAAGUAUAAUAUGAACAACAUGCCACUAAGAGAAGCUGAUGCAACUGGUACUUUUACCAGCUCUCUCCACUCAAUACCAGAAAAAAUGGAUCAAUUUAAUUUUUUGUACCAGUUAUGUACAGUGCCCGAUGACACAAUAGCUGAAAGCACCAGUCAGGAGAAAGGCAACCAAGAAGAUAUGGCUUUGUCCAGAGAGAAUGAAACUCAGGAAUACUGUGAUGAGCUUGUACAACAAAUUGUCGAUACAUCAUUUGUAGUUUCUGCACCACAUGGGGAUCAGAAUGGUUCUGACAACAUCUGUGAGAAGGGAAUUGACCUGGGUUUUGACCUAAACAAGACACCUGAGCAGAGAGUGCCUAAACGAAGAAAACACAGGCCAAAGGUAAUUGUAGAAAGCAAGCCUAAAAGAAAUCCAAACCCUGCAACAGGAAAAAGACAGGUUAAGGAAUAUGGAGCCAGAAAGAAGAAUGUCGCAAAAGCUGCAGCAACGCCACAGGCUGAUCUUAUAAAAGAAACCUUUGAUUCCACUGUUGUAGCUACAAAAUCCUGCAGGAAAGCUUUAAAUUUUGACAUAGAAGAGAGUAGAAAUGAAAGCCAAAGAAAAAUAGUCUGUCAGCUGGAUAUCAGCAAAAGAAAUGAGAAAGACUUCAAUAGCACUUCAGAGUAUAAGGCCACAGAGAUGCUCAGCGGAGCAAAUGCAAGCUCAGUGUUGCCGAUCAACCAGCAGGAUAAGCUUACAGUAGAAGACCAACAACCCAGAAUCACAGAUGAUAUCAACCUUUCGCUGAACCAAAAGCUAACUAAUACUUUCUCAUCAAAAAGAAACCUAUCCAUUGCCAUGUCAGCAACUGCGGAAGAACAGCAGAUAGCAAAUUUUACAGUCACUGAGAAAGGUUCAGCUCAAAGGAAUUCCGAUAUGUGCAAGGAAAGACAUAAUGGAUGCAUGCAGCAGUAUAUUCGAGCAAAAGAAAUUGACAACCUUGCCCUUCAAUCAGAAGCAUGUGUUGAAAAUUCUCGGAAGAUCGGUGAACUAACUUGUCAGAAAAACCUUCAGCUAGUGUCUAAAGUUCCCUCCAAUUCCACUAAAGGGAGGGGUUCCAAGCGAAAAUAUUGCAGACGCAUUGAGAACCAACAUGACUCAGCCACAAAUGCACUUAGUACUUCCUUGUGCCAAGAGAUUUUACCAGGGAAUGAAAAGUUUGAAGGUGCAAGUCUUGCAAAAGCUUUCUUAAAAGCUCCAAAGAGGAAAAGAUCUCAAAAUAGACUCCCUUCAAAAGGACGUGGAAGGUCAUCCAGCCAAACAAUGUCAAAAGAUGAUACACAAAAAUCCAGAAUAGAAGAGAAAAAUGGAUGUCAAUCUGAGUCUAAAAAAAAAUCAAUUUUCUCUAUUGAGGGUAAUAGAGCUCUAAAUCAGCAAAAUAUUGGAACCAACACUGAUGAUUUCUUUGUCAUAUCAGGAGAAUCAUAUCAGAUAGGUUCCACCCUGAUAGAUAAUAUAACUAACCAACUAAACAAUCUCAGCUUUGGGGACAGCAACAUAUCAGAAACGGAAGGACAAAAGGCACUUGUCCCAUACAUGCCAGAUGCUUCAAUUAUACCCUACCAAGAAUCUCAAUUUGUGAAGAAACAGAAACCAAGGCCGAAAGUGGACCUUGACCCAGAAACAGAGAGAACCUGGAAACUAUUGAUGGGCAAGCAAGGAAGUGAACACUUUGAAGGAACAGACAAGGAAAAGGAGAAAUGGUGGGAAGAGGAACGAAAUGUGUUUCGUGGACGAGCUGACUCCUUCAUUGCACGGAUGCAUCUUGUUCAAGGAGAUAGACGCUUUUCAAAGUGGAAAGGAUCCGUGGUUGACUCAGUGAUAGGUGUUUUUCUCACUCAGAAUGUUUCAGACCAUCUUUCAAGCUCUGCCUUCAUGUCCCUUGCAGCUAGGUUUCCUCUUAUGUCAAAUAGCUGCAAGGGUUUAAAUGAUGUUACGGGCAGACACAAAUCACCUGAAGAACCAGAACUCUGCAUGGUAUAUCCUCAUCAAACAAUAAUAUCAUUUGGAGGAGAAAUAUUAAGACAACCAACCUACCAGCUUGGCUUUCAGACACCUCAUUUUACAAGAGAGAUUUGGACAGACAAUGAAAUGUCAAGUAUAAAUCCUUACAAUCAGAGCUCAGAGGAAGAAUUCUUAUCAUCGCAAGAUUCUCUUGAUUCCACAGUUAUUCAGGGCACUGGAGGAACUAGAUCCUGCUCAGGAUCCAAUUCAGAAUCAGAAGGCCCUAGCAGUGGCAGUGGACCCAGCAAGACUCAAUUUUUAACUUCAGCAACAAAUUCUUUACAGGCAGGGAGUAUCCCUAUGUUUCGGGAAUUUUACAAUAGUGUAAAUGGGGUGUCACUGUUUGAGGAGAGAACAAAACAUGGACAGGUUGAAAAUGUAAAACAAAGUUCCAUGUUAGACAGAAAAAAUAGUCCCAAUUUCAAAUCAGCAUUCAAUCAUCCCUCCAUCUUUAGUUAUCUACAAAAUGAAUUACCUCCAGUUUCUUCUAAUUACUAUGGGGAACAUUACACAGACACUCAGUUGCUGAAGACUUUUCAAACAUAUGGUGAUGAGUCUUCUUGUCUGGAAAAUGUUCCCAUGCACAGUGGAUUCCAUGACACCAAUUAUAGGAUAUUUGGCAUUAAAGAAAUAGGAGUUGGUGGAGAUAAACCCACACGGCAGCAGUAUGAAAAUGGAACACAAGAGUCUCCAGCGUUGCCAACAAUGAGCCCUCAUGUAUCAUUAAACAAGAAUCCAGUCCUUACACAUGAUAUUUCUCAAUCUAAGUCUCAUAUGAGUUGCAUGCAACCUUUAGCAAAUCAUCACCUUGUAGGUCCAAAAAUUUUACCAGCAGAAUGCAGGCCUUGUAUAGAGGCACUAAAUACUUCUCUGAUACUGGGCAGAAGGCAAGAUGAUGUCACAUAUGAUUGCUGCAGUAUCCCUAAGGAUGUUGACGGUGGAAAGGGGCAAGUGUGUUCAGAUAAUAGUAGUGCUGAACCAAACCCACAGAGAAAAGUGUAUCUUCAUGGUCCUAAUAAAGAGAGCAAACUCAAGGUCUCAAAAGCAAGGAAAGUGAAGCCUGAGCAUUCAGAGAAUUGGGAUGAACUGAGAAAGGAGGUACAAGCAAAUAGGACAAUUGAAAGGAGUAAAGAUAUAAUGGAUUCACUGGACUAUGAAGCAGUAAGAUGUGCUCCAGUUAAAGAGAUAUCUGACACUAUUAAAGAACGAGGGAUGAAUAACAUGCUAGCAGAACGAAUCAAGGAAUUCCUCAAUAGACUGGUUAGUGAACACGGCAGCAUUGAUCUUGAAUGGUUAAGAUAUGUUCCCGCAGAUAAAGCAAAAGACUAUCUACUAAGCAUACGAGGAUUGGGGUUGAAAAGUGUGGAGUGUGUACGACUUCUAACACUUCAUCAUCUUGCUUUCCCAGUUGACACCAACGUAGGAAGAAUAGCAGUCAGACUUGGAUGGGUCCCUCUCCAACCACUUCCGGAAUCACUUCAGUUACACCUCCUUGAGUUGUAUCCAGUUCUGGAGUCAAUUCAGAAGUAUCUGUGGCCCAGACUAUGCAAACUUGAUCAAAAAACCUUGUAUGAGCUGCAUUACCAAAUGAUUACGUUUGGAAAGGUUUUUUGCACAAAGAGUAGACCAAAUUGUAAUGCAUGCCCCAUGCGAGCUGAGUGCAGACAUUUUGCAAGUGCUUUCGCAAGUGCGCGGCUUGCCUUGCCUGGACCAGAAGAAAAGCGCAUCACAAGUAGGCAUGUUCCCAUUACAUCUGAGAGAAACCCUUCAAUCAAUAUGAACCCCGUGAUACUACCUCUCCCUGAGAUCAACUUGAUCAAAGAAGUGGGUCCUGAAAAUGGGAAGUGUGAACCAAUCAUUGAAGAACCAGCAACACCAGAACAAGAGUGGGAGACAAUUGAAAGUGACAUUGAGGACUUCUUUGAGGAACCUGAUGAAAUUCCUACCAUCAAGCUAAGUCAGAGAGAGUUUGCAAAUAAUGUACAGAAUUGCAUUCAAGAAUACAAUCAGGGUGACAUGUCUAAGGCAUUAGUUGCCUUGGAUCCACUGUCUGCUACUAUCCCUGUACCAAAACUGAAGAAUGUAAAUCGGCUAAGAACAGAACACCAAGUAUAUGAACUUCCAGACUCACACCCUCUUUUGGAGAAGAUGGAUAAACGGGAACCUGAUGACCCAAGUCCAUACCUCCUUGCAAUAUGGACACCAGGUGAAACUGCAAAUUCCAUUGAACCACCAGAAAGAAGGUGCAUAUCCCAAGACUCAACCAACCUGUGCAAUGACGAGACAUGUUUUUCGUGCAACAGUAUUAGAGAAGCAAAUUCACAAACAGUCAGAGGAACAAUUCUGAUACCAUGUAGGACAGCAACUAGGGGAAGCUUUCCACUGAAUGGAACUUACUUUCAAGUUAAUGAGUUAUUUGCGGAUCAUGCAUCCAGCAUUCAGCCCAUUGAGAUCCCUAGGGCAUGGAUAUGGAAUUUGCCAAGAAGAACUGUUUACUUUGGAACCUCUGUGUCGUCAAUUUUUAAAGGGCUCUCAACCCAAGAAAUUCAACAGUGCUUUUGGAGAGGAUUUGUCUGUGUCAGGGGAUUCGAUCAACAAACACGAGCACCACGCCCUCUUAGGGCCCGGUUGCACUUUCCAGCAAGCAGAUUAACAAAGGCCAAAAUAACGAAAAUGUGAAUGUCAGAUCAUGUUACUUAAAAACUUACCAGCAAAA